UCUUAUGCUUUUGAAGGUGGCAAAUGUGAACCAUGAACCUUUCUCCCCUCCGUUUAAUUCGCGCUUCGGCUCCAUGGGUGCGUUCGUUCGCGACUACGAGCAAAGGCAUUGAUGAGUUCGGUUUCAGUACCAAAAUCCACGGACGCGACGAUUGGACCGUUGUGACCGACAAAGGGAUCGUGGUUUGUUGGCAUCCGGAAGUUCCUACACCCUAUGAAUUCACGAAGCCAUUGCCUGUUACUGUGAACUCACAAGAUGGGGAGAACCUGAAAAUUCAGCUGAAGGAAGAUCUCAAACAUGUUCGUCGCCCCAAGUACGAAAAAGCCAUGAUUGAUGAAUUGAUGAAAAUGACCUAUACUACGAAGCAUCGAUGGUAUCCAGUGCCCCGUAAGAAGUAUAACAGGAAGCCGACGCGCGAACGUGAUGGAUUCAUCAUGGAACAUUACCGUUUGAAGUGGAAUUCGCAUCACGAGGAAACAUUUGCUGCGUUCGAGUCCUUGUUGGCUGAUGAGGCCUUUUCUGACGUCGUACUCUCGUGCAGAGGGAUGACGAUGCGAGCUCAUCGACUCGUGUUGUCUGCUUGCAGUUCCUACUUCCGGCAGACACUACAAGAACUUGGCCGGGAUUUCCCACAUAACCAGCCGGUGUUGGUGUUCAGAGACACCUCGCCGCAACUGCUAAGCCUGCUACUAACCUACAUGUACCAAGGCGAAGUGGAAGUGCCUUCAGACGUUCUCAAGGACUUGAUGGAUCUCGCCGACAAUCUCGAUGUCAAAGGCCUACGCCAAACAUCCGCCGACAUGGCGAAGCAAACGAAACAAGGAAAAAUUUGGAACCCGAUUGCGGAUUCCGAGACCCCCGUUGGAUCCCCGGGCUCCACGUCAACGGCCGCGUCCCCGUCGCCGUUGAACUUUUGCAUUCAGGAAGUGACGGGGAAAGUGAGUGGGUCUGCGAAGCGUAAAAGACACUUGCCUGUGUCGAAUGGGGGAAGGAAAGAGAAUAACAAUAACGUCAACGGCGUCGAGACUCCCCGAGUCGCACCCGAGUUGAUCCCCCUUGAGGCCCCCGCGAGGAAGAUUGCAUCGCUCAUGUCUUCCACUGCUCCACCCCCUGUGAAUGAGUCUUUCUGCGUUGGAGAAGGAACCUCUGGAGAGGACGAAGAACCUGAGAACUUGACAGUUGGCACACCAAGGUUGGAGGUUCCUGCUGCGGGGGCAAGCAGUGACGACAAAGAGGGCUCUGGAAACGAGGACGAGGGUCUUGCACCGGGCGAAGAAGGUGGAAAGGAUGAAGCCACAUUGCCGCCGGGAAGUCUGCCGUCGGACGUGUCACCUGAAUUCCCGGUGGUGUUCAUAUCGUCCGGCCUGAUGCGCGGCCGCAACAAGGAAGGCAAGGCGGUGCACUUUUGCGCCCGGUGUGGUUACGUGAGUGCGCAUCGCGGCGCCGUCCGACGCCAUUUGCGAACCCACACGGGCGAGAAGCCGUUCCAGUGCGACCUAUGCUGGCGUCGCUUCGCUCGCAAAGAUCACCGCAACGAUCAUCAAGUCCGCUGUUCCGGCGUUCAAAGUCUCCACCGUUCCGCCGCUUUGUUGGCUGCAGCCGCCGCGGCCGCUUCUGCAGUGAAAACCGAAGGCGUCGGAGAAGUGUUCUAGCGCUUGCGUCUGUCUCGCGGGGCGUGUGUGUGUAGUGCUUGCGUGCGUGUGUAAUGUUUUGUUUAGAGGAAAAGGUGUCUUUCGUUAGCGCCAUGACCACCUUUGGCCCUUGUUUUCCCCCUUUGGAAUCCGUGGAGUGAAGAGCACUGUGCGACUCGGGCAUAACUUCAUCACUGGUGUAAUUUCUGCUGAUGGUUUCCGCAAUUUUUCGCCAACUUAAUUCAAAGAGAAAUGCCGUCCUGAUUUACAUUUGAGUCUUCCGAAAUGUCGAAUUCGCUGAUGUGAUACUGCUAAUGUUUCCAUUCAUCGAUGGAAAGUGGCAACACACUUUGACUUAAGACUACAUCAAAGUGACGGAUCAAAGUGAAUCCUUUAAUCGUUUCGAGACUGGAAGUUUUAAUUUGAAACAUGAGUUCUGCGAAUAACUCGUAUUAAAUGAAAGAAGAAGGUUAUUUUCUCUCUUGAGUGAGACCGUUGUGCCAGUUCGCAGAUGUUUCACCCCGCGGAGGAAAAAGGGAAGGCCAGGGCGUGUGUCAUGCUAUGAAGAUAACCGUGUUCUGGGCCACAGGCUUUAGCAGCACCUUUUCGGUUUGGUUUGGUUCUCCACUCGUCGAGCUCAAAGUUCUCAUGUUGAUCUCAAAAGGUUUUAUUUCAGCAUUUGGUUUUUUGUUUGUUUUUUGUUCUCCUUUGUCUCGCAUUCCAGAAACGUCGUAGUGUGAUGGCUUUUUGGUCGAAUCGGUCGCUUUAAAGAAUUUUUUGUGGGGGACGACUUGAAGGAGGAGCAAGCGUGAGAAAUCGUUUGCUGGGUGACGGGGGAUGUGUGGGUUAGUUGUUCAUCCGCUUCGCGUCGGUAAUUUAGAAGUGUUCACAGGGUUAGUUGAUGUACAGAACGUUCUUGUACUCUUUUUCUCUCUCUCCUGUAACUCUCUCAACGUUGCCGAAAAAAUAAUCUUCGAGUACAAAGUCUUCCGUGCCUCUUCCUAAUCCUCGAGAAGAAGAAGAAAAAAAGAUGGAGUAUAUUCUUGAUCUAGAUAUGGAAAUCGUAUUAGGCAUUAGUUGGAAUUUUCUCGAUUUCCAAACACUCCCCAUUGUUUCUCAGGUUUUUCAACAUUAUUCGAGAUCUCUGAUUAUACCGUCCCGAAAAAAAAUCUCGUCUUGUAAGUUGUGUCGAAAAGCUUUUCAAGUCCCGAAGUCUGCAAGGCAUUGAUUUAUUUUCCCGCUACAGAGGUGUCGCCUGAAUCUCAUUAACAAAUGUCUUUUUUUUGGCUUAGAAAAGCAUUAAGCCUUUUUUUUGAGUUUUUUGGACUACGUACGGUCAAGUUACACAGUACGUUUAAUGGCCAUUCAGACGACGCCCACUUUUCCCUUUCCAGAAUAAAAUGCCAGAAUGUGAGAGAAGAAUUCAAGCAUUAAUUACGCAAAUAUAAUUUUACGAGUAUGAGAAGAAGCGAGUUUUAAGACUUCGGUUGAUCCGGAGAUGGAUGUUGACGGAGAAGCAGUUGAAGCUCAUGAUCAUUUCGAAAAAAAGCCCCGGAUUAUGAAGUCUUGAAUGAUAUUUCUAAACUUUGAUACUAUACUUCGGAUGAAGAAAUUUUUAAAAGACGAUUUUUUCAGUUUUUCAUUCUGCGAAGUUCGGGAGAAAGCUUAAUGACGAAGUUGUUUUGGGAAGAAAAAAAUCCGAGUGAUUGAAUGGUUGAGAACCGUUGAUGGAAUCCACCCUUUUUUUUAGGAUCUCAUUUAUUCCCUCGCUCAUCUUUUUUUAUAUUCCCCUCAAAUCGGGGGGGAAUAGAAAAAAAAAGAAAAACAGGAUGCAAAACGUUGCAGUCUUCAUUUUCGAGCGCGAAGAAAAUAUCAGCAACCUGUGAUAGAAAUACCAAAUUGAUCUUUGUAGAAGGAAAAAGAAGGAAUCACUAACAAAGGACAUCCUAACACGAAAAAAAGAAAAACGGAGAAUCGGCUGUUGCAAGCCCGUCCAAGUGUUGAACACUUCCGCUCAACCAAAAAAAGAAAACUGUCGUUCAUGUUUUUGCGUCUUCCGCGUCGCCAAGAGAGAGUUUGUUUGUUUUGUUUUUUUUUUUCUCGAGCAGAGCUAUUUUAUUUUUUGGUGUAAAAACAUUUACCGGAUGUUAUACCGUUUGAAAAAGAAGGAAGAAAAAGAAAUAAGGGAGUGGCGGGGGUCAUUUUAGUUGAGUUGAACCUAGGAUUUAGAUUGCAACAAUCUUGGAUGGAGCACUUUUUUUGUUGUUGUUGAAAAAAAAAGAAGAAAACUUUUAGUUUUUUGUCCUCCUUUUUUGAUCUGCACCCUGAGAUGAGUUUCUCGGUUGGGUUGUUUUGAAGGGGGGAAAAAAGGAGGGAAGUGGGGGUCAAAAUUUAUAGUUCGGAUCUCAUGAACUGCGAAUUACUUGCCCGUUCCGAUUCGUGUGGUUUUUAAGCUUUUGUUGGCGAGAAAUGAACCCUGAGGGAAACAUUGUGUUGUGAAUCUUGCCCUGUCUGUGUUGUAUGUGCGUUCGUUGCCUUUUUGUUUUUGUUUUCCUGCAACUGAGAGUGAUCAAGUGAAUUGGCUUUCGUUAUGAGUAUGCAGCUUUGUUUUGUUGGUUCCCCCGGUUGGAAAGAGCUAUAUGAAUAAAGGUUUGAUCAAGCACAACA